CAUCCGCUAAGCUUAAACACGGUCCAGCAAGACCAUCAGGCCGCCGUCAUGGAGAACCCCCAGAGCUCGGCUCCCGUGACCACCACCGUGAUCAACAUCCAGACGGAGACGCCUGUGCGGGACCACAUCGUCUGGUCCCUGUUCAACACCAUCUUCUUGAACUGGUGCUGCCUGGGCUUCGUGGCCUUUGCCUACUCUGUGAAGUCCAGGGACCGGAAGAUGGUGGGUGAUGUGAUUGGGGCCCAGACUUAUGCCUCCACCGCCAAGUGCCUGAACAUCUGUGCCCUGGUCCUAGGCCUCCUGCUGACCAUCGUGUUCAUCAUCCUUUUUGUCACUGGAGCGCUGAUGAUUCCGCAGAUGGUCAGACAGCAUGGAGGCUACUAGGAGCUGCGCGUGGCCUGAGGCUCUCUCCUGGGCGGCAGCCUUUUCUGUCCGCGUCAGUCUACCGCUGCAGUCAAUAAAGCGCUUGUGUGUGGGGUGCCGUGUUUUCACAGAUUCCCCAUCCUGCCUCUGA